AUGCCGUCUAUGCGAAUAUUUGGACGUAAAUGGCUCGCUGGUACAGAUGACUUGGUGUUCCCAGGAGUAUUGGAACUCUUAAUGCGAGGAAUAUGGUGAGUAAUUGAUAAAGAAAUAUUACUUUUUAAUUUUUCCGAAUUUUCUUAUUCAUCGCCUUUAAAUACACUUACAAUACUCGUGAUGUAUAUAGUUCCUAAGACUAUAAUUCCCUAAAAAGUUAUGUUCUCUUACAUUGUAAUAAAUUAUAAUUGAGUAUUAGUAAUAUAAAUUAUAUAAAUUUGUUUUUGAUGUCAAUGCUCUUAGUAGGUAAGAUUAGUUAGAAGAAUUAACAUAAUUGAAAACAAUUUUUUGAAAUCUUUGCUUCAUACUUAUAACUAAAAUAGAACUAACAAAACAUACAUACAGAAUAAUAUAUCAGCGUGUUUCGUUUUAGGUACAAAGUUAUAAAUUCAUCUUUUUUGUUGAAUUUUCCCAAACAAAAACUAUUACACUGUAUUGUAUCUAUUAUAUACAUAUAUAUUUUUUUCCCAGAACAUUUGAACGCAUUUAGAUACUCCUUUUGGACCAAAUAAGCUCAAACUCGGAAAUAUUCCAGUUUUUAUAGGCAGAUUGAUGUGAUUUAAUUUUGGUUGAAUUUCAAUGUGAAAUUUACCAUGUUAUUGUGGAAAGAGUGUGAUUUUUUAGUUUUAUACACUCUUACAUCCUUCCAGACCACCAAAUAAAGCUAGGAAGAUGAUAUUUUGUGUAUGUGUGCUGUAUGUAUCAAGGAUGUGACUUUAGGGGGUUUAAACUUUCAACUCCUCCAAUUUUAUUCAAUCUCAUCAUUUUUAUGUUAAAAUUUUAAAUUUUCACUGGCAAUACCUAGUUUUAAACUCCCUGAAAGAUUAGUCAUUCAUCAACUUAAAUAACAGGGAUACGAUUUGUAUAUUUAAAUAUUAUUAUUGUCAAGGAUGUGCAUUUAGAAAGUUCAAACUUCUUCACUCCCACUGACUGUGUAUACAUAUGCAAAAAUCACGAUAACUACUUCACCUAGUCUAAAUAAAAAUAUUUUGUUUGAUUACUUAUAUAUACUGGAAGAUCAUAAGAUACGUUUUAUACUUGAAAGAAAGUAGGGGUAGUAGACCGUGAAAUUGGGUAGAAAGAGAAAGCAGAGUUGGCUAAGAAUACUGAAAAGCCCAUCAAAAAAAUUAGCUCAGCUUCUCAAUAAACAUUGGCUCUUCCCCCAUUCUCUAUUUUUAAUCCUUACCUAUAGAAAUGUUUUUGAAACUUUAUAAUUCAUUAAUUUUUUCUCGAAUAUUUUAUAAAAGCAAAAUUGUUUAGAUUUUAGAAAUACACUUAUACUACCAUAUCAGUAUACUAAAAUGGUCGUAUUGAUCUCUAUUAUAGUCUAUGUUUUAACAGGUAAUUGUAAAAAGUGAAUUCUAUGAAUAACUGAACAAUUUCCAAGACACAUAUCACAGAUAUUUUCUUGUAAUUUUAAAUAUGUUUACCUUGUGCACUUCAUCUAUUUAGUAAAUUUUUAUCCCAAAGAUCUGUCUAAAAAUUAGUCUGAUACUUCCCUCCUUCCCCCCGAAAUUGAAUCUUGAUUAUGCUACUAAUUAUACAACUUUACUUUACUUAAACUGCAAUUUGAUGCUGUUGUGAAAAUUCUGUAAAUGUUUCUGGAGUUAAAUUUAAAAACAUUGGUUAUUGUUUAUUUUCAGUAUCCAUUAUUAAAAAGUUUCAGUACGGAUCUUAUUAUAAUAGGCAGUCCUAAAUUAUUUAACAGCAAAAGAAUAUUUGUGCAUACAUUCUAUUGCUCCGUAUGCGGUGGCAAAUAUCUCUUGACGGCAAACAUUUUAAAUUUCUCGUAAACUUUUCUAACAGAGGAUUUGCUCCGAUUUUUAGAUGUAGCACUUAUUCUGAAAGAAAAUCGGUGUGCAUAGGUACUUAAGAAAGAUCAUUUUUCGAUUUUCUAGGAGUUUUCUCAUCAAAUUUGAAAAACCGGGAUAAUACACGGGAAAACUGUAAAAAACAUAGGAGUAUUGGGAAAAUCGGUACAACAUUAAAAAAAUAUUAUUGAAGAAAAUAUAUAAAGCCUAUUUAAUUAUUUUAUUAUAAAAUGGCAUAUAUAUUGUUGACAAAGCAUCAUUAUCAACUGAACUCUGCUCAGAAUCAUUUUUUCGUAAGUAAUGGUUUAUCGCUGUUUACAGGUGUACAUUAAAUUAUUUGAAACAGUGGCUGCACCCGUCUCCAUUAUCCUAAAACGUCUUUUUAGAAAAAUAUUCUUUAUUUAAAUCUGUAUUUAAAAGAAAUUUUGCUAUUUUUAAAUUCGAAAUAUAUACUUAUUUAAGUUACAAGGAGUAGAAGUACGAAUUUAAAAAUAUAGUGUUUCAUAAUAAACGAUAAUAAAAACGAUUUCAUAAUGACUGAGAAAUACAGAAAUCAAUUAAAUCAUCCGAGAAAAUCACUGUAUGGUCAUAAGAAUUACUCUAUUUUUUUUUAUGAAAUAGAUAUUUGAAAAAAAUUAUCGAAAAAUAUUUGACAUUAUGUAAUAUUUGACACCUGUCCAUGUGAGUCUGAUAAACGCUGAUCGUUUGUCGUUAGUAAAAUGAAUUUGAAUUGUAACAAAAUUUAAAAAUUAAUGUCUUAACCUAUUUGAUUGUUUUAAACACCAAUCAUUUCCUUAAAAAUUAAUUUAUAAAAUAGCUUCGAUAGUAAAAAGUUUUAAACGAAAAAUCUAAGUAUUUUAUUUUCAGUUGUUAAAUAAUAAAAUAUAAUAUGAAUUGUAAAAAUUAUAUCGCAAAGCUCUUGUAAUUGUUUAAAAAAAAAACUUCAAAAUAUUCAAUAGAAAAACCUAACCUUACAUUUGUUAAAUAGUUCUGUUAUACCAUGUGUAAUGUAUCUAUAUAGUAAAUAAUUUUUAAGUUUUUAACUUUAUAAAUGGUGCAAUUGUUUUAUUAAACACAUAUCACGAACGAGAUCUAAAUAAUUUUGACUACACUUAAAAUAAAUAAUAGCAAUGCAUUUUAUAAGUAUAUGUAAUUUAGUGACCUGACCCUGGUGACUAAAAAUGAAGAACGGAAAUCACUAAGACGACACGCAUUAUUAUUUAAUAAUAUCAAUAGGUACCUAUAUUAAUCAAUGAACAACAUGGUUUUCGAAUAAGUCAUUUCAAUGUCACUAAAAAAAAAAAAAAAAACAUUAUUUAUACAAACCUCGAAUAGGCUUUCAAUAUAAAAUAAUUUAUCAUAAUUUAUUAUUAUUAAAACUUAAAUCAUAUGAGUUAAAUCCAGGUCGACGGUAUUAAUAGAUAUACGAAUUACUUAAUACUUAAUACUUAAUUGUAAGUAAGUACUAUUGUUGCUAUUGUUCUGUAGAAAUGGUUUUCAACCAGGGUAACAUGGGUCCAGUGUAGAUGUGACACAAAAUCCACGGGGAACAGUUUGUAAUAUUAAAAAAUUAAUAAUAUUAAUAAAAAUAAUUUUGUCCAUUUCUGGUUUAAUUAUGUAUGUUGGUUGAAAGUAUAUUAGAAUAGCUAUAAAAUAAAAUAAACAAAAUUACAUCCAUAAGUUGAAAAGUUUUUGAAGAUACACACCAAACUGCAUGUGGGUACGGUUUUAUUAAAAAAAAAUAAAUUUCCUAUAACUUAAAAAAUACAAAUAUUAGACCCCCACUUUAAAUGGGAUUUCUCCGUCAUUUUUGAAAUACUUUCAUAUGAUGCUGGCUGAUCACUUUCUCCUGGAACACAUUGUAUAUAUAUAUAUAUAUAUAUAUAUAUAUAUAAGUAAUCAAUGAUUUACAUUAAUUUUAUAAAAAAUUAAGAUUUAAAAAAAAAAAAUUUCCCUAGGAUAAUGGGGACGGGUGAAGCCACUGUUAUAAGUAAUUUAAUGUAAACCUGUAAGCGAGAAUAAAUAAUUGCUAACGAAAAAUCGAUUUUGAGCGGAAUUCAGUUGAUAGUGAUACUUUGUCAACAAUAUAUAUGUCAUAUUAUGUUAAAAUAAUUAAAUAGAUUUUAUAUAUUUUCUUUAAUGUAGGUACCGAUUUCCCUGGUUUUCUCAUGUUUUUCCUGGUUGUUCACAUUUGCUGUGAUAACUCUUGGGAAAAUUGAAAAAUGACCUCUCUAAAAUAUCUCCCCAGUCAGAUUCUAUUAUUGUAAAUCGGAGCAAAAUACUGGUAGAAAAUUUGCUCACAGAUAAAAAAAAAACAGCUUUGUAAAACGGUAAAAUUCUUUGCUCCACUCAGAAGAAUACCAUAAUAUGUAAAAUAAUGCACCCUAUACACAAAUUCUAUGAUUAGCCACAGAUUAUUAUUCACUUAAUAAAUUUAUAUUUUAUCCACCGGAAACAAUCCGAAUAUUAUUUCAAGGUAACCAUCUAAUUUAUUUUUUAAUACACGCCCCUAGGUAAAUGAAAAAUGAAACAACAUAAUUAUGUGUAAUUUUGAUUGUAAUCGUAUAUUAUAGUCCUAAUGUCCACAAUAGGUAUACUUAAGAACUAUUAAUAUGUAUACAUAUAUCAUUAUAUUAGUAUCAAACAUGCCACGCUCUCAAGUAUACUACACUAUCCUUGUCCACCUUAUGAUAUCUUUAAAAAUGUACAAAAAACAAACUACACUAUUAAAAUAUUAUGUUAUUAUAUAGCUAAACAAAAUUAUACAGAAAUUUACUUAAAAAAUGAAUGAUUAUCUUCGAAUUUCACAAUAAAGUAUAUAUAAAUAACAUAAUAUGGACAAUAGUCUUUGCUAAAACUUAAAACGUUUAAAAAAUCAAAAAGCUAUUUUCCAGACUACAGAUAUAUUAUACUACCUAUACUAAGACUACUGAUGUUAAUUUAUUUUUACUAUCAAAGAAUGACUAUAGGUACUGUGUUCGUACUUUAGAAAAACUCAUUCCAGUUAAAAAAAUAUUGUUAUAAAAGUUUUGUUACAGCACUGAUAUUGUUACUUAGGCAUCAUUUCCCUAAUUUGUAUUGUUUUUAAUACUUACCUAAAGCUAUGAGCAAUGGUACUUAAUGAAAUUGGAAAUUUAAUUAACCAAUUACACUCUGUUGAAACUUGGGGAACUGUUUAAAUUUUAAGUGAACGUCUUAAAAUCUUUAGAUUCUGAGCGGAACGAGGAAUGUAUUGGUUUUACAAUGAAGUUUAUUUUUUUUUUUUUUUUGUGAACAAUUUUUCUACCAACAAUUUUUUUCCAAUUUUCAAGUGUAGCAUCUUUACUGAAAAAAAUUUAACUAGAAACUAGUAAAGAGGUAAUUUGAUGAUUUUCCCAGGGGUUUUCAUAAUAAAUGGGAAAACUUAGAAAAAACGUAUUAUUUUAAAAUCGUACAUUUUACAGCCUUUCAAAACAUGUAUGUAACCGAAAUCCGAUCAGAAUAGUUUAUCGUUAAUAAUGGUUAAUCGUUGCCUACAGAUAUAUGUUAAAUUUACCCUUUACCUAAAUGUCUGUCUUCUUGCCUACAACAGUAGCCUACUCAUCAUGCGAAGUAUUUCUGUUUGUUUUUUAAUAAUAUUUUAUGCAAUACUGUAUGUAGAUUAAAGUUAUGUUUGCUUUUUUACCCGUCCACAAGAAUUCUCUUUUUUAUGAAUUAAUAUCUUAUUAUCACAUUAUAAGUAUUAGGUAGAAUCAAUCAAUUAAUGAUGGUAAUUUAUGUUGAUAAACAAUAUUGUUAUGAUUGAAAAUAAAAUUAUUCAAAUGUUCAAAAAAAUCGUAGAAAAUAAAAGACUACUUUCACAAAAGUUACAACCGACAAAUAUUUUCUAAAAAUGGCUAUUUUGAAUUUUUUAAAAAAAAUUAUAGUAAAAUUCUUUAUUUUAAGCCCCCUCCUAAAAAAAAAUAUUAAAUAAAUCAAAAGUUAUUGCAUUUGUCAAAUCCUCGUGGAGCACCCUGUCAGUAUACUGUCAUGAAAUUUCAUAUUUAAAGGUCAAAUAUAAAUUGUAUAAUAUACCAUUUCUAUGGUUACAUAUAAAAUGUUCAUAGUUGACAUUUUUUAUGCUAAUAAACCACAAUGCAUAAUUAUAUAAUUUGUAAUCUAUUUAUAUUAUACAGAGUGUCCCACGAAGAUAUACCCAUUGUAAUACCCCGGAAAAUAUUAACAUUUCCAGAAUUUUUUUUUUUUUUUAAACUUUCGAAACAAAUAGUUCUAUAAUGUCCUACAUUACUUUUUUUCACCCUCAUUUUUUAUAAAUUAAAUGGCUACCUACUUUUGAUUUUCAAAUGGCAAUCUAUAUUGAAAAUUUCUUAAAUAUAUAGAGUAUUAAUUAAAUUAAAUUUUGGUUUUGAAAAUUUUUAAUUUCCAUCGAGCCAUUCACGAUAUAUUCCACUUUUGAGUUUAGGUGGUGGAAGAAUAGUAGAGCACUAUCCAAACCACGCGUGCCCACUGCCACACAAAUGAUCUUCCAAAAACAUCUACCAAUUUCUUCUAUGAAAUUCUAUGUAGAAUGGAGAUAGAUAUAUAUCUAGUAUCUAUACAGCCUGUCUCAUUAUAGUUUAUAUUCAUAAUGAUAUCGUUAUCAUUUAAUAAUAAUCUAUAUUUUCAUACUAUACCUAAACUUAUUAGUUAUUAUAAAACUAUUUUUUUUUCCAUUUAAUAAAAAAUAACAUUGAAUUUCGAACAUGGUAAACCACAGGCAUAUACCCGGCAGGCUACUCCACUCCUGGUUUAAUACAUAUAAGCUUAAUGCAGCUGAUCUGCUGUUUGAAGUUGAAGUAAAAACUAAAAAUAUAUAUUUAUGUUUAUUUUCAUUUAUUAAACAUAACUAUUACCUAAACAAUUUAUUCUUUAUCUAUUAUUUAUUUAAUAAUAUGUUAAACUAUACAUACAUAGUGCAUAUACUACGAAUGAAUUAUACUAUAGUGUUUAUAUAUAUAUGAAGAUUGAAAAAACAAUAUUGAAGAUCUCUGACCCGAACACCAUUAAUGAAGCAUAAAAUUAUCAAAUGUCUAAUGAUUAGACAUUCUCUACUCUAUUGUUUACCACUCUAAUCGCUAGUAGAAGUACAAACAUAGCUAUAUAUUAAAUAUUACCAAUUGUAAUUGUAUAUACCAAGUUGUAUGUAACUAUUGGCGUGGACAGGAAUUUUUAAUAGGAAAGGGAAAUGGCUAUAAAAAUAUGGAAUGUAAGAAUCUGGGAUGUAAUUUUCGAAAUGAAAUAUUUCGGAUCGAAGAAUUUUGGAAAAAUAUCAAUGGUUUAUAAAAUAUAGGUAACACUACUAUAUAUGUAGCUGUCCCGCGCCUGGCCUUGCCCAUGUCAAUUUUUUAUUCUUCUUACCUUUAUUCCCGUAUUACUUUGACCCAUUCAGUAUAUUGAACUAAAAACGGUUUUUAUAUGUCAUUUUUUUGAAAAUAUAAGUAUUUCAUGGAUAAUUUAACUGUAACAUGAAAUUUGGAACUUUGGAAGACCUUAUAUAUGAUUUAUUUAUGCAAUGUGGAAAUUCAAAUUGAAAACUCUAUAUCCUUAUAUAGAGCUAUGCAAUUUGAAUUUAUUUUUAUUUGAUUAUUAAUCUUAGUAAUACACACUUUCAUGAACUCAACAUUUGUUUACUGUUUAUUAAAUACAACUUACAACACAUCACAAUAUAAUUUUAGAUUUUGAGUGUAGCAAAGAAUGUAUUGGUUUUUCAAUGAUAUUAAUUUUUUUAUAUAUACAAAGUGAUUUUUUUUAUCAUGAACCAGCAAAUAACUCUUGAGUUUUUUAAAUUAAUUUGAUUUUUGUUUUUUUCUAUUUAUUAUGGAAUCAUUUAGGCCUUAUUUUAAAACCAUUUUUAAUUUUUUACCCCUACUCCAUGCACCCUAAAUAAGUACAUACUUUUGAACCCAGAUUUAAAUAGAGAAUAUUUUUCUAGAAAUUGUUGAUAUGCAUAACACUAAUAUUAGAUUUGAGUUAUAACUUAUAACUCAUAAACAGUAAAACGGUUUAAACUGUUAUAAUUUAUAACAAUUUUAAGUUUAGACUAGUUCAGCGCAUAGCAUGUUGCUCUUUUCAUCCAUUUUACCAAGUAGGUCAUCCUAUUUUAAGCUAAUAACUACUGGUAGACGUCAGAUAGACUUUAUUUUAAGUUUUUAUAGUUUUUAUGGCAUUUUUAUUUCUGUUUAUUAUAUUAUUUUUUCAUUUCAUCGGUAUUACUAUGGUAAUUCAUAAUUUACCAAAAAUAAUCUAAUUUUCACACCAAAAAUACCUAAAAACCUACCUUAGAGUUUUAUUUUCAUGACAAAAAGUACCCUAUGUUUUUAUUCAAGGUCCCAUCUAUAUGUCUAUACUAAAAUUCAUUAAAAUUGGUUCAACGGGUUAAAAACAUAUGAAAUAAAGUAAAAGUUAAAAAUAAAUCUAUAUUGUAUCAAAUUUCCCGCGAAGUGUUUGCUUGGGCUUAUAAUAUAUAAUUUAAAUUAAUUGAAGAAAGACAAAAUAGGGAUUUAUUUCUUAAACGAGAUUAGUUAGUUAUAAAAUUUAAAUGCUCAGGAAGUCCAGGACAAUCAAUAAUAUUGUGUAAUAGUUCAUAAAAAAAUGUACAAUUCAAAAAAUUAAAUCUUUAGUUUAGAAACAUUAUUAUAAAAAAAAAAAAAAGCUGAUACUGAGGAUGGAAGCAGCCACUGUUGUAGGUAAGAAGUUGGGAAGGUAGAAUAUAUAAGGUUAUUUCAUUUUUAUCUGUAAGCCACGAUAAACCAUUACUUGACGAAAAACGAUUCUGAGCGCAGUUCGGUAAUACAUAAUUUGAAAUUCCGUAAUUUUUUUGCGAUUUUCGUUUAAAUUUGAUUUCAAAACGCUUAUUUAAAAAAAAAAAAAAAAAAAGGUCGUUCGAUAAUUUUAGAAAUUUUAACACGUCUAGGUAAAUGCAAUAUUAUUACCAAUUUUCAACUCUCUAUGUAUAUUUAUAACCGAAUUACAGCAAAAAAAAACUUCCGAAAAUUAAAAUUCCUUAAAAGCUCAAAGGUUUUGACGUUGAUAUCAUAAUAAAGUAAAUCAAAAAAGGUAUUUUGUGAUUUUUCGAUUAAAUCAUUUUUUCUGGUAGAAAACGUCGUUCGUGUUUUUAUAAAAUAAUGAAAUCGUGAAAUUGUACGUAUUCCUACGUUUUUUCCCAUUAAAGUGCUUUUAUUUAAAAAAUGGCAUCGAAAAUCAAAAAAUGACCUAUUUUAAAGUACCAUAUAGACAACUUGAGCUUUCAGAAAAGUUGUUACACUUAAAAAUCGGAGCAAGUUUACUAGGAAAAAACAUGCCCACGGACUAGUACAAAGAACAAAGAAAAAAAAAAUAAUCAUUUUAGUAAAACCAAUAGCACCCUCGCUUCGCUCGGAAUCUAAAAUUACAAGUACUAUUCUGAUUGAGGAGUUCUUUCAAAGUGGCAUUAAUGUUUAUAGAUAUCUUAAGAAGUUAUUUUGAACUGAAGAUAAACUUUGAUUUUGGAUAUAUUCUCAGUGUGCCAAAUUAAGUAACCAUUGAAGUAUGUUACUGUAGGAGACUUUAAAUUAUUGUUUUGUAUACAUCUUAUCUUAGUAACGAUACGUAAUAAAUUAUUCUAAAUAAUACACACUUUUUAAGAAAAAAAAAAACGAUGCACUACAUAUUUCUUUAAUUGCUCAAGAAUUCAAAAUAUUAUCGAAAAGAAGAAGACAAACAAAAAACCAUUUAUAUUGUAAUUUAAUUUUAUCAAAAUGUAAGAAGUUUUUCAUUGGUACGUGUUUCUGACUAUGACUAUUAAUGCACCCCAACUAAUUUCUCAUAUAUUGUAUACUUCUUUUUUUAGGUGGAACGCAUACAUAGGACGGUAUGCUAUUUUUGACCAUGUGUGUUGACGACCUCCGAUUUUCUCAAAUUCUUAAAAUUAUUUAUUAAAAUAUUAAAUUAUUAUAUUAUAAUAAUAUUAAAUUAUUAUUUUAAAAAAGUGGGUAAUAGAUUCUUUUUUUUCUAACAGUAAUCAAUAGGUACCUACAAUUUUAUAGUAUAUAUUUGAAAUUAUAAAUUUUAUAGAAAAAUAUCGUAAUAUUUUGUAAACUGUGGAUUAUUAUUAUUAUUGGUUUGCGAUAAAAUGUUCAACGUGUAUGGGUGCAAUGCCCCCCGUGGUAUUGUAAAGUGUACUAAUUUUCUAAGAUACGAACAUUUUUUUUUUUUUAUAAUAUACGUAUAUCAUCUAUGAAUAUUCUUACUGUUUUUUUUUUUUUUUAAGUUAAGCAUACCUAACUAUAUAAUAGGUUAUAUAUUUAUGUAGUGUCUAUACACAAUAGGAAUAUUUUACCUCUUAGAGAGAGAUUUGGUCAUAUGACACACUAUUUUUACCUGCCUAAUUAUAAAUUAUAAAUAUUGCUUAUAUUUUUUUUUGUUGUGUUAUGAUUUAAGAUUUCACCUUUCAUAUAAUAUUAUAGUGGUAUUUAUUCCUGAAAAAAUAAAUAAGUACAUACAUUUUGUACAAAAUAUUUCUAGGUAGUAAAAAGAUCUAUGCAUAAAUAUCAAAUAAUAUUCGAAUAGUAGCCGAUCUAAAUCUGUUUUGACGUCACCGUGACGUUCAUUGUCCUAUAAAAAAUAGUGUAAUACAGUAGGUUAGGCGUCUGAAUUUUUCUUGUGGAGGGCCAUCUAAUUUUUCAGUGUUUACUAGUUGCAGUCACUUAAAAAAAAGGUUACCUACUAGUCGUGGUUACCCAAUAAAAAGUUUAACUACUUAGUACUAAACAUUUUCCUUCCUAUUUAUAACAGCCUUAGGACUGUCUACACUUUUAUUCAUUGCGUAGGUAUGAUUAAAAGUGUUUAUUUUAUAAAAUUACUAAAACUAAAAUAUUAUUGAAACAUGUCAAUAAAAAUAUUUGAAAUAUUAAUUUUAUAACUAUAAAGAUAUUACAAUUAUAAAAAAAAGUUGGGAAGAUAAGAUACAUAAAGUUAUUUAAUUUAUAUCUAUAAGCAACGAUAAACCAUUGCUAACGAAAUACGAGCGAAGUUCAAUUGUAAUGUUUGAAAUGUCUUAGUGUAUACGAUUAUCAUUAAAAUUUAAUCAUGAAACGAUUAUAAAAAGAAACUAUUACAUUACCGCUGAACUAAAUAUAACUAAGUAUAACUUAUAAUGAACCUCGUAUUAAAUUCUCAAGCAUUCCUGUUUGGUCAAAUAAUUUUUCUACAUGGUACUUACCUACCAGAGAACUAAAAACGAGAACUCGGAAAUGUAAAUUGUCAAUAAAUAGCUGAAAAAUCGCUGAAAAAUCGCAAACAAAUUUAAAAUUUUGAUCAUGCCAAAAAAAAACUUGUAUAAGUAUUCUAUAAACAUUUUAGCUCACUAAGAUAAUAUUUAACCAAUUUGCAACAAAAAACCAAAAUCAAAAAUAAUGAAAGCAUUAGUACUGUAAACUUUCCCAUAUUUCCUAACUUUUUACCGGUUUUUCAAAUUACUAUAAAAACUGGUUGGAAUAUUUAAACACGAUUUCACUACUAACCAACCAAAUCUAAAAUAAAAUAAUAAUUGAGGCAAGAUUUCUGGUAGAAAAAUUGUGUACUUAUUUUUUUGCCUUUAUCAGUAUAUAAACUAAAUAUCCUACCCUACCAGCUUUCCACAUACAACAAUGUUUUACCCAUGGAGCUAUAUCAGUAUUUAGAUUAUGGGUUACCUUGAUGAUAGAGAUGACAAAAAAGUUAAAAUAAUCCAAACAAAAAAAUAAAUAUUAUUUCUUUUGGCACAGGCAACUCCGAACAGGACAGCUAUAUGUAUAAUAUAAUUGUAACUUACUUAUUACAUUUUAAUAAUAUUACACAAUCUCCUAACUACCUUUUAAUUAUUGUCUUCAGAUUAGAAUUUUACUCUUUAAAAAUACACAAUUUAUUAACAUUCAAAAAUAUAUAUUGUGUUGUUAUAUUUUAAUUUUUAAUGAUUUAAUGUCAUCAAUUUAUUGGUUUGUAGGCUGACAUUGAUGAGUUGUGUUUUAUGUCGUUACUACCAAUGGACAUUCAACUGUGUGACAGGUGGCUUGUUAGUCAGAGUUUACCUAAUUGGGAUUGUAAUAAUGCAUUCUUUAAUCAUUUUACUGGUAAUGAUUUUGGUGAACCGUAGUGCCCAAGGAGCUAUAUAUGACACAAACGCUAGACGUGUUGUUCCAAAACUACUAGUUUUCAAGUAUGAUUAUUAUUAAAUAAGUUCUAUUAUAUUAUUUCUUGAGUUUUUUUUAUUUUUGCCUUUAACAAAAUAUAUUUUAUUUUAUAUAGGAUUAUUUUACUCUUACCAGAAAUAUCAUUAAAUGUGCUAGGAACUAUAUGGACCUAUACAAAUUGUAUUCAGUGUGACAAUGAACAUUUUACAAAUACUGUAGUGGAAAGUAAAUAUUAUUAGUUUUAUGUUAUUAAUUUGUAUUAAGUAAUUUAUUUAUUAUAUUUUUAUUAGUUGGAGUAAUUUUCAAUUGGGUUAUGCUUGGAGGUUUAAUAUUCGUUUUAGCUAUGGUAUUAGAUCCAGUUGGAUCGUUAAAACUUCAAGAAGCCAAUGGAAGUAUAGAUACGGAUGUGCUAUUACAUCGGAAAGUUACCCGUAUUUGGGUGAGACGCUUCAGAUGGUUUUUUUGUUGGCUAAUGAGAGAUGAACAUUCACACGAAGCAUUUUCUCAAGCAGCUGGUCUGUAUUUAAUAAUACUAUAAAUUAACUAUCAAAUUCAAUGAAUAUUAAUUUAAAAACAAAUUAUGGACUAACUAUUAUAGGACUUAUGAGUUCCAUGUUCCGAAAUACAGAUAUUGUCCCAUCAGACUUUAUUGCCGGUUUUGUGUUAUUAAGAGUAAAACAAAAACGUGAAUCUAGAGAACAAAGGCGACUUGCUCUCUUGGCUGAGCAAAGAUACAACUGUACUUCUAGUAAGACUAAUGUUGAACAACAUUACUUAAUAUAUUUACUAUAAUAGUACAAUAUUUAUGUUUUUAGUUGUUAAUGAAUGUUUCAAUGGAAAACCAACAUGGAUGUGCCUAAAAAAAGCUAGACAUUACUUACAAUUGUCUGUUGCUAUUUAUGGUUGGCCGUUCUUGAUUUAUCGUUACUGUAUAACAGGAUUAUUUAAAAUGAUGCCCAAAUUUUUUUGCUGUGCUUGCUUCAGGUAAAUUAUACUAAAAUAAAUUUAAAUUUAAACUAUUAAAAUAAAUUUAAUUAAAGUUAUUUUAUUUUUGUAGAACUAAACCGACUGUGGUCAAAGAGGACAAUUGCUGUCUAUGUAAUUUUGCAGCAAUUCGAUAUAUGUCAAAAUUACAUUCCAAAGAUAUUUUAUUUGCUUCGUUUGUCAACCAUAUUUUUGAAUUACCUUUUUUUGUAACAGCUGAUCACGAAACUAAAAGUAUAGUGAUCGCCAUAAGAGGAUCGUUAUCAAUGCGAGAUAUAUUCACAGAUUUGACUGCUAUUGUAGAAAAAUUAGAUGCUGAUGGAGCUCCACCUGAUAGCUAUGUAAUAUUAAUGCAUUUUAGAAACAGUUAAAAAUCUCAAUAGUUUUAAGAAAAUUUGAAUUCAUUUCAAUUUAGGCUCAUAAAGGAAUGCUAUGUUGUGCGAAAUACAUUAAAAAUGAAUUAGAAAAUUAUAACGUUUUAGAGAAAGCAUACACCAAUUUUCCAGAAUACAAUCUUGUAAUCACAGGUAUAAAUUGUGGAAUGUCAUUAUUAUUAUUAUUAUUAUUAUUAUUUAAAAUUAUUAAUUUAUGGAUGUAUUAUACCUAGGGCAUAGUUUAGGAGCAGGUACUGCAGUACUUUUAGCAUUUUACAUGCGACCAUUAUAUCCUAAUCUUAAAGUGUAUGCAUUUUCUACACCAGGUAACUAUCAAACCACAGUAUUUAUAUACUGUACUAAGAAAACCUAUGAAAAUGUUAACUAUUAUUAUAGCUGGAUUGUUGAGUAGAGAAGCAGCACGAAUAGCUGAAGAAUUCACCUUAUCCGUAGGUGUUGGUGAUGAUAUGGUUAUGCACAUGACAAUUGAUAACGUUGAAGAUUUACGAACAAACAUGUUACAAGUGCUCCAGUCAUGUAGAUUGCCAAAAGUAAAAUUAACUUUUUACUUUAACUUAUCUAUUAAAUAAAGAUAUUAUUUUGAUUAUCAAUAAAUUCAUAUGAUUUACUCAUAGUUAAACUAAUAAUAAAUCUGUUUUCUAAUAAAAUUAAUAUCACAUCCUAAUCAAAACCAUUAAUACUGUAUACAAACAUUAAUUUACAAUUUUUGUUUCAAAAUUUGUGUCAUAAGUAAGAGUUAUUAUUGCAUCUAUCUAAAACUAAAUUAAAAUAUAGAUAGUUUAUCCCCAGAAAAAUAAACAUUAAAAUAAUUUAUACACUUAUAGUUCACCAUUUUCAUGAAGCAAAUUUUAUAAUUGUUGCAUAUCAAUAAAUCUAAAAUGUUUAAGUUUUAACAUUAUUGUCUUUAUUUGCACUUAUAGCAAAAAAUAAUUGAAAUUAACUUAUAAUUCAUUAGAUUAAUAGACUGGUGUCUGGAUAGAAUGUUAUACUAUUAUAAAAUAAAUUUUAAUUAAUUAAUAACACUGAUCACAAAUAAAAUAUAUAAUAACAAAUAUAUUAAACCUGAUGAAACUUAAUUUUUAAAAUCAAAUUCAUAAGUUUCAUAAAACUGUAGAAUCAUAACUAUGUGUAAUUUUAAUUUCAUGAAAUUCAUUAUGUAUAUCUAUUUGUUUUUGAAUUAAAUGUACUAUGAAAGUACUAUUAGGCCUUGAUUUCUGCAUGUGCAUGCAGUGUAUGAGCAUAGGUUCCCCAAAUUCUUAGGGCCCCUUCUUAAAAAAAAAAUUAAAAAUAAUAUUUUCUUUAAAGAUAAGCAAUUACUAUGGAACCGAAUGUAAAUAUAGUUUUUUAAUUAUAUUAUGUAUCAUUUUUUGCACUAAAACAUAUAAAAACUUAAAUGUAUUCUUUAACAAUCAAUCAUGAUAUAAAAAAUUAUUAAGUUUUUAUGUUUGUUGUUUUGUAUGUUUUUAACUUAUACCUAUCUUUUUUUAUUAAAAAAAGGCCCCAAAGUAAGUAGUGAAGUAGUGCAUAGGGCUUUCAUUUUUAAACCAGACCCUGAGUACUAUAAAAUAAUAAAAUAUAAUUUUUAGAUUAUCUCUAUUAAAGUUUAAAAUUAUGUGUUUCUUCUUUAUGUGUGUACCUAAUCUUACCCAUAUUUUUCUAUUAGCAUAUAUUUUUUAAACGCCAUUCUUGGAAAAUGUAAUAUCUUAUAUUAAUUGUCAAUUUAUCAUUACUGAGUUAUUAUUUAUAUAAAUUAACAAUUAUAUAUUUUUAGUACCGAGUAUUUCUAAAUGGAUUCGGCUAUGCAUUAUUUGGUGUACCUUCAAGAGAUCUUGAGUCUACUUGGCGUCAUCGAACUCCGUCAGAACUGCGGAAUUCACCUCUGCUGUCAAAACAAUCACCCAUUCUAUCGAUGAUUACACAGAACGAUGGCUUUCCAACUGAUACCAUUAGUAAUCAUCAUCUAGUCCCAACAACAUCAUCGUAUCCUUAUGAACAUCCAAUUUCUAUUUCAUCUACUUAUAAUGUAAUUUAUUUAUUUAUUUAUUUAUGCAUACUAUUUAUAAUUUAUAAGAAAAGUAUAACUUUAAACUUAAGAUGUCAAUUAAUUGAAUUCAUUCAAGUCUAAAGUUUUUUUCUCUCUUAUUCAGGAAUUAGCAGUUAGAAGAUAUUCAAAAGUUCGUUUAUAUACUCCAGGUCACAUACUACAUAUAACUAAAAAAAAGAAAAGUAAAGAACAGAAAAAAGCUGAUAAGUAAGUGUCAUACACAACUAUAAUUUAUUUUGCUUUUACUGAUACCUGAUACUUAAAAUGUAUUAUUACCACCAUAUAAUAUAUACUUUUAUUAUUUCUUAGAAAAUCUGGCACAAAUAGUAAUGAAUAUAAUUAUGAAAUGCGAUGGGCAACUCCUGAAGAUUUUAAAGAACUUCGAGUAAUGCCUCGUAUGCUGUUGGAUCAUUUGCCAGAAAAUAUUUUAAAAACUCUUGACAAUGUUCUUAGUGAACAAAGAACAGAAAUUGGUUUUGAUAUAGCUCAUUUAACUAUGAUCUAA